AAACCAAUUUCAUUUACAAAGUGCACAGAUUUCAUUUGAUUACAAAAAAGGCUUGCUUGGCUGCAUCACCAUGAGCAUUGCAAUUAAACGCUCCGUUUCUGAAUUAGCCUCACUUCCGGAUUCCGGCACAAUUGUCCCUCAUAUUCCGACGCAUCGACUGUACAAACGAAUCCGACGUAAUGCUUGCAAAUUCAACGGGACGCUCACGUCCAUCCUAGCAUACGUUAAUCUGCUGGAAGAUGCGUCCAGCAAUGAGGCUCUUCAGAUUCUGCUCAAAAUCACUGAUUCGAUGCAUUUCGAUGAAAGCGAAUUCCCGGACGCACUUCGCAAGCUUGUCGAACACUUUCAGCGUGAACCCGAGUCAGCGGUUCGAGUAAAAAUUCUAUCUUUGUUUGCUGAUUUAUCCACUGAAACAAACAUCGAUGGUCAUCACUUAAUCGACGAGGUUAUCAAGCUAUUGAAAGUAGAAAAAUCUGCCAAAGUCAUAUCGCAGGGCUUGAUAGUGUUGGAAAAGAUUGGCAAAUCCUUUACUCCGUCCGUGGCGUACAUAAACCAGAUGGUGUUCCUAGCAAAGGUAAAGCUGUUCUCGCCCAGCCACAACGUGCAACGUCACGCUAUACUGCUGUUGGGGGUUUUUGUACUCCUUUCGGACGCCGAAAAGGAAAGUCUUGAAUUAAUCGGAAAGUACACCGACUCGCCGGAUGCACGUGUCCGGGCACAGGCUUUCCGAUCGAUGUUGACCCUUGGUGAUCGAGGUGUGCAACUGCCUCCGUCUUUGUACUCGCGUGCUUGUGCCUCACUUACAGACGAUUAUGAGUGUGUUCGGAAAGAGGCUUUGAACAUGGUUUUUGAAUUAGGUGUGCGUCACUCGGAGGAAUUGAUAAAAGUUCAGGAUUCCGAACAGGAGGUUCGGCUCAUCGAUGACGCUUUUGGGAAGGUCUGUUCCGCGAUUUGCGACCUGUCGAUGAACAUACGCACACUGGCCGCCGAGCUGCUUGGUGGCAUGACCAUGGUAAGCGAUGAAUUCCUUCAUCAAACACUGGACAAGAAGCUUAUGAGUAACAUGCGCAAGAAGAGGAGUUUGCACGAACGAAGUGCAGCACAUUUCGCUAGCGGAGAGUGGUCCAGUGGCAAGAAGUGGGCCGACGAUGCACCUAAAGAAGUCAUCAGCGCGGACUCUGUGUCACUGAUGGCGUCCGGGGCAUGUGGAGCGCUUGUGCAGGGACUAGAGGACGAAUUUCUCGAGGUGCGCACAGCUUCGGUAAACUCAAUGUGCAAAUUAGCGCUCAAGAAUCCACUGUUUGCGGUCACUUCACUCGAUUUUCUUGUGGACAUGUUCAAUGAUGAAAUCGAGGAGGUACGUCUUCGUGCGAUUUACAGCUUGACCGCCAUCUCUAGACAUAUUAUCCUGCGUGAAGAUCAGCUCGAAACCAUGCUCAGCUCACUGGAGGACUACUCGGUAGAGGUUCGCGAAGGACUGCAUCUAAUGUUGGGGGCGUGUAAAGUGUCCACCAAAGCUUGUCUUACGCUCGUCGUGCAGAAAGUGUUGGACGUGCUGUUAAAGUAUCCGGAAGAUCGUCUUUCGACGUUUGGCUGUAUGCAGCGCGUUGGUCAAAAACAUCCGGAGAUCUGCAUGUCAAUCACACCUCAGUUGUUAAUGGACCACCCCUUCUUCGAUAGUGCCGAACGGGAUGUGGAAGAUCCAGCGUACGUGUGUGUCUUAAUAAUGCUAUUCAAUGCUGCCCAAUAUCUUCCGGCCAUGCUGAGUUUGUUCCCAGAGACCACCAUCAAACAUUAUGCGUACCUGCGAGACACGAUGCCGAACUUUGUGCCUCGGUUAGCAGUUGGAGGUAGUAGGAAGGAGCUCAAUCUUGUUGGAUCAACCGGUUCGAGACAAUUCCUGGAGACUCUUCUCAGCAACAUUCAGCGUGCUUAUUCCGCUCCUCAGGCGAGACAAGCGCUGCUAAAAGCCGCCCAGGAUGAUUUAGAUCGUCUGGCAGAAAUUGAUCCGACCUUUUCGGGAACAGCCAAUUUCACGUCCGUGUUCUUUGGUGCCCAGUUGCAGAUGGAACAACUACAGCUGGCCACCACCGGCCUAUCGAUCAAAGCUCCGAUCAAGGAAUGUCUACUGCAGUUGAUCAAAAAGUGUCUCAUGUUGCAGAAUCUGUUCUCCAAUCUGACUAUCGACGACCAGCUACUCGUAAAACAGAUGUGUCUUCGUGCCAGCGCCCUCAAUCUGGUGCUGAUCGUGAAGGAUCGUUCACAGAGUGCUCUUGGCCCUUGUCAACUGUUGCUACAUAUUGCUAGCGAUGCGAGCAGUUUUCUGCAGGAAAACACAUUGCUGGUGGCUGACACGUUUACCAGCGCGAUUCUCACCAAGCUGGCAUCGGUAGGCGAUCCAAAACCAGGACGCGUGUAUCGCGAAAUUUUACCGAUAGUUCAAACGGCUGCUCCGGUCGUUAUUCCACAAAUCAACACAAACAUAAAAAUGUGUAAAGCACGAAUUAUUGAACCAACCGAGUCCUCGUACAGUGCGGAAAACGUCAUCAAGGUAACGGCUGGAUUGAUUGCUGCGGUACCGUUCGUGGCAGAGUUGGAAAAUCUUCAACAAAGCCAACGGCAAGAUCUGCGGCUCAAAGUAAAGUAUCCCGAUCAAAAUGUGCACAUUAUCGUACCACGCAAACGCGACUUGAAAAAGGUUAUGACGGAGCAGGGUGAAAGCGAAUCGCAAUGGCGACUACGGACUAAGGUUCUACUGUCGCAUGGUGUGUGGACGGAGGCAUCGACCGUCGAGAUAACGAUUUGUCUGUCCGUUAAACCUAACAAUGAGCUGGAGCUAUGCAAACCGGUCAAGGUGCAUUUCGCUCCAAAACCUGUCAAAAGAGGACUGUAAGACGAAACUUUUUGUUUUCAAACAUAAGCGUGUGAUUAGAAUUACUUUUAUCUAUACGUAGGUUUGAAAAAAAAAACUAAAACUUAUUAGAUUGCUAAUAAAAACAGAAAAACAUUAAAGGAAA